AUGUGUCUUGGUAAAGUGUAUGAAACAUUGGCCUAUAAAAUGACUCAAUGGGAAAUGCAUCGAACCCAGAGUGAAUUCGAUAAUCAAUUAAUCUUUAAAGUUUUCCUAUUUCAAUUUGUCAAUUUCUAUUCCUCCAUAUUUUAUGUGGCUUUUUUCAAAGGACAAAUGGUUGGUUAUCCUGGUCAUUAUAUCUCUUUUUUUGGUCUUCGUAAUGAAGCUUGCAAUAAUGGUGGCUGUUUGAUUGAAUUAGCUCAACAACUGCUUGUAAUUAUGGUUGGUAAACAGAUAAUUAGUAAUUGCCAAGAACUUUUGAUCCCUAAAUUACGUACUUGGUUUCAUAAAUAUCGAAAGGGAUUGAAUAAACAAAAUAUUGCAUCCACUACAGAUCUGGAUAGAGCUCAUAUAUUUAUUGAAGAUUAUAAGUUAAUAUCAUAUGAAGGAUUAUUUGAUGAAUAUCUUGAAAUGGUUCUUCAAUUUGGAUUCAUUACUAUUUUUGUGGCUGCUUUCCCCUUGGCUCCAUUCUUCGCCUUGCUUAAUAAUUGGAUUGAAAUUCGUCUAGAUGCUAAGAAAUUAGUUUGUGAAACACGUAGACCAUUGGCAGAACGAGCACAGAAUAUCGGUGUUUGGUUUAGAAUAUUAGAUUUUUUGGUUCGUUUGGCUGUUAUUUCGAAUGCCUUCAUCAUUGCGUUCAGAUCAAGUUUCCUUCCAGAACUCAUGUAUAAAUAUGAAGUGAGAAGUGAUCUUGUUGGAUUUACCAACUUUACUCUAGCAUGGGCUCCUGAAAAUGCUACAUCACAGCCAUGCAGUAGUCAUGAAAAAUUGAUUAAAACAAGAUGGUUAUCUUUAGUCCAAAAGUCACUAUUUUAUUAUUCAAAUAAAUCUCAACAACAUACUGAUCACACUAUUAUUUGCAAUAUAACUAAUGAACAGGGUAGAUCACCCAGGUUUUUGAAAGUUCUUUUUCAAUGUCUUAAAUCAAGUUUAUUUUGUUUUUGGUUAUAG